AUGAAGUUCUGGAGGAGGGCUACCGGUGCCCUCAAAGACCAGAGAAGCAUACUCCUCGCCAGCCUCUCUCGCCUUUCGGGUUACCGGAACCCUGAUCUUGAAGCAGCCAUCAUUAAGGCAACCAAUCAUAAUGAUAGCUAUGUCGAUUAUGGGAAUGUCCAGAGAGUCUUUGCAUGGAUUCGUGCUUCCCCGGUGAGCAUGAAACCUCUCAUUCGAGCUCUCAGUAGCCGAAUGGAGAAGACGCGUAGCUGGGUUGUGGCUCUCAAGGGUUUGAUGUUAAUGCAUGGCGUUUUCUGUUGCAAGACCCCAGCAGUGCUAAGGAUUGGAAGGUUGCCAUUUGAUCUCUCAAAUUUCAGCGAUGGACACUCCAAAAGUGGCAAAAUGUGGGGGUUUAAUGCCUUCAUUCGCAGUUACUAUGCGUUUUUAGAUCAAAGAUCUGCUCUCUUAUAUGAGCAACGCAAGCAAACUGAAGAUCCAAUGGUGCAGGAGCUUCUAAAGCUGCAAAACUGGCAAAUAUUGCUUGAUUUGCUGCUUCGAAUCAAACCACGGUACAGUAACAUGAGGGAGAACUUGAUUCUUGAAGCUAUGGAUUGUGUGAUCGUCGAAAUAUUUGAUGUUUAUAGCAAAAUUUGUAAUGGGAUUGCAAAGAUUCUGCUGGGAAUAUACUCAGCAGGGAAGCUCGAAGCAAGAAUGGCACUUAAGGUUCUUCAAAAAGCAAUGACCCAAGGUGAGGAUCUUGCUCUAUAUUUUGAGUUUUGCAGGGAUUUUGGUGUCUUUAACGCAAUGGAAGUCCCCAAAGUUACUCACAUCCCAGAAGAAGAUAUCAGGGAUCUUGAACGUAUAAUUAGUGGAGUUUCUGAUACAACCAAAGUGAAUUAUGAUUACGUUGAUGAUAAUAAAGCUUUAAAGGAAGUUGCUUCUGCCAUUGUUGAAGACAAGAAACCCAAUGGAUUGAAGACGAUAAUAACAGACAAAUGGGAGGUUUUUGAUGAAGAAGGGAAUGAACUUUACAAUUAUAGAACAGGAAACCCUGCAAAUUGUGCUUCUCUUCCUCUUUUGCCUGUUUAUAAACAAGAACUCCCAGAUUUAAUUAGUUUCUAGUAUUGGAUUUUACUGGGGAGCUUGAACUCAUGACUUCAACCAGAACUUCUUCAACAAUGGAUGAAGAGAGGAAAUUGGGCAAUCACUUUUAAUUUCUUUUUAAUUUUUAGAUACUUUUUUUAUGAGUUUGAAUAUUAUUACAGUAUCUUCUUUAAGCAGGUAAAAAUAUAGCCAAGUUUU